CCGCCCAUAAGCACACAGCGUUGGAUCUAUUUUGCGAAUGUAACCCUAACCCAACUCACCACUUUCUUUUUCUUCAUCCUUCCUAUUCCAAUUUUGAGUUUGGUUAGUACUGUCAUCAGUGGCAGGAUUAGUUAGAAUUAGCUAAGCAUCAAAGAAAUCGAUCUCUGGGUCUUGCUAUUAAUCGGAAAGGAAUAAAGAGAAAUUAAGAAUGGAUCCUAUCGCAGCACACGGCCAUUCUCUCCCCCCUCCUUUCCACCUACACCAACACCAACACCAAUUCCACGCGUUGCAACAACAAAACACAGAAGACGAACAAAGCGGAAGCAGUGGAGGCCUAAACCUCGCUCACAAAGAAAACAACGCCGAAGAUAACAACAAAGAAGGACCUGCCACUGCUUCAGCUUCAGCCGAAACCGAAAUCACAAGAAGACCUCGCGGAAGACCCACCGGAUCCAAGAACAAGCCCAAACCCCCCAUCAUCAUCACUCGCGACAGCGCCAACGCCCUCAAAACGCACGUCAUGGAGGUCGCCGACGGCUGCGACGUCGUCGACAGCGUCUCCACCUUCGCCCGCCGCCGCCAGCGAGGCGUCUGUAUCAUGAGCGGCACCGGAACCGUCACCAACGUCACGCUCCGCCAACCGGCUUCUUCCGGCGCCGUCGUCACUCUCCACGGAAGGUUCGAGAUCCUGUCCCUCGCCGGCUCCUUCCUGCCGCCUCCGGCGCCUCCGGCAGCCUCCGGUUUGACAAUAUACCUGGCCGGAGGACAGGGCCAGGUGGUCGGAGGAAGCGUGGUGGGAGCGCUGAUUGCUUCGGGGCCAGUGGUUAUCAUGUCAGCUUCGUUCAGCAACGCUGCGUAUGAGAGGCUUCCUUUGGAAGAUGAGGAUCCUUCGGUGGCGGUUCAGGGGGGUUCGAUUGGGUCACCCGGCGGUGGCGGUGGCGUUGGCGUUGGCGUUGGCGUUGGUCAACCACAGCAGCUUAUGGGGGAUUCAAGCACUGCGCCUCUUUUUCAUGGGUUGAAUCCUAAUCUUCUGAAUUCCGUUCAGAUGCCGAACGAGACUUUCUGGGCAACGGGUCGCUCUCCUUACUGAUAUGUCCAUGAUUGGUGUUCUUAUUCAUUGCAUUCCUUCUUCUCCUUCUUUUUUGUUUCAUUCGUUUCGUUGUUAUGUAAGCGCAUCAGCUAUCAGGUUUAGCAACCGAAGAACAUCACCUUUUGGGACGCUCAUUUUUCUCAAUUGAAGGUAAUGUCUUUCUUCUUGUUUCAGUUUGAGGUUAUGGUUAACAUAUUAAUACAUAUGCGCCGUGUGAUGGAUUUAGUGAAUAGUAAAUUAGUGACAGUGGUUACUUGAUGAAGAACAUGAUAAAUAGCAUAUGUAUGAUCUACUUAGGUUAUUCAAAAUCGAAUUAAAAAGAGUAUUUUAAUCCAUUCAAAAAUAUUGUAAUUGUCUUCUUUAAAUAUAUAUUAGGGUUUAAUCAAUGUAAGAUAUUAACUGCUAACUAACUACCAAUACCAUUCUUAC